AUGGAGGAAGAGAGGGAGGAACAAGGAGAAAGCACCCAAAGGUAAGGCAGGGAGAGUGAGAAUAUUUGUGCCUAAUCAGGUGCUCUUCUCGGGUGUAACAGUAUAAGCCGUGUCUGGGUUACCUGCUGAAGAUGGAUUGGCUGAUAACCUUCUAGUCCGGCUGUUAGGAGGGCAUGUUUUUGAAUUCUCUUUCUCAAACCUCAGUGGGACGAUUUCUACCCAGGCUGACAAGCGGAUUGAAAACUAUUGCAAAGGGAAAGAGGAACCCCAAAACCUCGAAACAUCAGUGGAAGAGGUUUGGACAAGAAACUCAACACUUAUUGAGAAUUUGUAAUAUAACUAUAGCCACAUUUUCUGGCAGAGAGAGCAUCAUACCUAGGAUUGUUGAUCAAUAUUUUGUCUUUGUUUGGUGUGAAUGUUAAAGGAUGGGAAGGAUCAAUGUAACAACAAUCCAGAGACUAUAUCACAGGAGACUCUGACGGACGCAAACACACCGGAUGAUGCUGAAUACCUCCCAUUGUGCCCCCUGCCAACAGAGGAAGAGCUGACCCCCACUCCAGUGUCAUCUCAUCCCUCCAACACACAAAGUAAUUCACACACCCACAUCUGCACCCUAACAAGUAAAUAUAUUACACACAAAUGCACAUUGAAGGACAUUUACCUCUUUCUUCUCAGAUCACCCCCAUGAACCCUGCUGGUACUGCCUGAGGUCUCUGGACUCAGAGUAUCGUCCUGAAACUCAGAAACAGGUUUCAACACCACAAUGACACAGGGUUUGAUAUAGUUAAAAUGCAGUGAGCAGCAAUAUGAACCUAUUUUAUCUCUAAUUUCCUUACACAGUAAGUGACAGCUCCUUUAGCUUAUAUGUGCAAUAAAAUACGAGCAUUUUUACAAGUAAUAAUCCUAUUUUGGGGAUGUAAUCGUUCAUAUGCUAAUAAAGGCAAGCUUAAACUUACAGUAAAUUUCUAUCCUCUCUUGAAAAAAAAGUUUUUUUUUGUCUGUAAUAUAAUACUAUGUGUAGAGAAAUGUGCCAGACAUAUAGCCAGAGCAGUCACUCAUAUCUAUUAAUGUUAAUGUUAAUGUGAUAAAUACUUGUCUUCAGAAAAAAAAACACCUGAAAGCAAGGUAUGGGGGGGGGAAAAAGGGCAAAGUUACACAAAAUAGUUUACCCCUCUCCGUGUAUUAGGGUCUGUACUGACCCGAUUUUGAUUUUAAAUGCUUAAAAGAAUCACUUAGAUAGGUUUUUUUACAUCAAGACUUUUUGACUUUGUCAGGAACCUCUAUUUCAACAACAACAACAAAAAUAAUACAAAUUAAAUUGUCUAAAUUAUAAAAUGCUCUUGUUAAAAUUAUGGCACUUGUCGUGUUAGGGUCGCUGUUGACCCGGUUAGAUCAAUAUCUAGUAAUUAGAGCAAAAACUGAAAUCAUAAGUGCACUGUCAGGCACCACACUGAAAGUCAGAUCCUCUUCCUAUCAUGCGAGAUUUAGGAAAUUCUCAUUUUGCCAUGUUUUUCCCUGCACAAAAAAAACAAUGUUGGGCAUAUCUAGACAUGUGAGAUCAGUUCAGUAUAGAUGCUUGUAUAAGGGGUAUCCUGACAAAGAAAUGCCCUGAGGCUCACUACAAAAACUAUUAUAAGCAAUAUUUUCAUGGAUAAUGAAGCCUAACAAGGUAAACUAGAGAUGAGAAUCAAACUGGAUGAUAGAGAAAUGUUUUUAGUGUAAUUUACAGCUCAUUUAAGACACUGGUCAAAACCAACCCUUAACAUAAUGGGUGUGUAGUGAAAGCUAACACAGGAGGGUUACUCAAAAGUGUACAAAGUGUAAAACUACAAGAAAGGAUUAGGGCUACAAGAUUAAAUUUGUAAAGUUAGGAAAAUAAAAUUGUAAAGUAAGAACAGAAAUACAGAGAGCAGUUGCAGAAGCAUGCACCUGUAGGCUGCCUAUUCGCUUGCCUUUCUUCAAAACAGACUCUGUGUCUUGCACAGUUGAAUCAGGAUCCUGAUACUUAAGGCAAUGUGGCGCUGAUAUGUUGUUUAGUUUUUGGAGAUAUAUGUGCAUCAAAAUAUAACAAGAUGCUCCAUGUUUCUCAUUCUAGUUCAGACUGUAUGCUGCUCUACUGAUCUCCCCCUUCAUCAUAACUCUUUAGAUGACCAAGUGAAACAUCUCUGUCCACUUUUAUUUUGGGGCUGAUAGGGUGACUCUUCUUUCUCCCGUGUCUAUGAAGGAGACAGAUCCAAAUCCUUUAUCAACGCCCCCCUCUAGUGGCCAGAAAGUGAACUACCAGACAGACCCUCGACCCCACUUUGGCGUAGCUUGGUCCUCCCACUCUACGUGCCGCCCUCUGUGGGGCAGCGAGGGGCCGUGCUGGGGCCAUAGAAAUCAGGAGGUGCCGGAUCAGACACACACCUGCCCUCACUGUCAUCUGGGACUGCCUGCUGACACACUACGCUGGCAUGAGGUUGGCACAAAUCCUUGUAAACACACACACACAGGCAAAAAUAGAGAGGACAAGCCCUCAGUUUCCACUAAACAAUCCAGAGUACAUCAGCUUGUUUACCUUCUCUCUCUCCCUCUCUGUUUAGGCUAAGUGUCUGCUUUUUGAGGGACUGAGGAAUACAAAGAAAUGAUCAUCGGAGAAAAUGCCUAGAAAGUCAAGCAAGUUACUCUCUCUGCUGUUCCUCUCAGGACAUACAACACAACCUUAAUGUUGGGUGCACCCUGUUUCUGUGAGUCACCUGCCUUUAAUGCCUAAGUUCAGCCAUAAUCAUCCUAACUUCUCUUUGAGUUUAUGUAUACUGUCU